UCCACCAAUCCCCUACAGGACAUUAGCCUGAACCAUCUGACAAACCGACUCGUCUGAGACCAAGCUAUCAAAGAAGAGGCUGUGUUAUCACCCAUAAAUAAAACAAUACUUCACUAAAGAGUCGCCUUUAACAAUAUUCUGCACCCAGCGAUUAUUUCAGUCUGUUAACGGAGCGGAGGAUGGGAUCUGCAGAAAGUACGACACGGAAAGUGUCUUUCGGCCUGGAUGAUGGGGACGCGGUCCGGAUUUUGAGAGGAGUGAAGCUUUCAGAGGAUGUUCUCCAAAGAAUGAGGGGUGCACAUGAAAUCCCCAAAUCUCAGACAAAACCAACACUUGGCAACAAAGAGAACACAGCUGAGCCAAAUCUUCAGUCGCCAACCAAGCAACAGCCACAGUCACAAUCGAAACCACCGCCCCAGGCAACAUCUAGGCCCACAGCUGCAGACACCAGUGAGGAGCUGAAGAGGAGGUAUGAGCGUCAGCAGAGCAUCAUUCAGGAGGAGCUGGCCCGCAUCGCCCGCCGAGAGAGGGAGGCCAGCCAGCAGGACCUGAGCCGAGCCAUGCAGCGGGAGAGGGCACAGACCCGCCAGGAGGCAGACAAAUCCCAACUGCUGCUUUCCCAGGAGGUUGAGGUUGAGAAAUGGGGCAAGCAGCUGGAGAAGAAGGAGGUAGAGCUGAGAGCCUUAGAUGCCUUCUACAAGGAGCAGAUAGCACAGCUGGAGAAGAGGAAUGUGGAGCGGUACAAGGCCACUCAUGAGCAGUUUCUCUGUGCUGCCACCAAGUCAGAAUCCCAUGUCAGGCCUCGUAGCACAGAGGCCGUGUGCACCACCCUCCAGGCCCAGAUCCUGCACUGCUACAGGGAGAACCGGGACCAGACCCUCCGCUGCUCCGACCUGGCCAAGGAGUACAUGCAGUGUAUCGAUGCAGCUAAAAAGAACCUGCUGGUAAACCACGGCUGAAGAGGAUCACUCCGGUCAGCUGACCAGCCAGCGGAACCUGCCAUCGCUCACUCACUUCCUCAUCCAUGCACUGGAGGCGUAGGGGUGCUUUGCCAUGUUGUAAUUUAAUUUUCAUGAAACCAUACAAUCUUAAUUUUUUGAAGUUGCACUAAAGCAGACUACAUUCAUAAGGCUUUAAGAAGGUACUGAGUACGAGAGAGUGUGUAGAAAAUUGACUUUUUUAAGUGAUAGGCUUGAAUUUGUUUUUAUAACAGUGUAUAUUACUCAGGAAGUCCUGGAAUGUAUUCAUCAGGAACAUAUGUAUGCAUUGCAUUGUAUUAAACCAUAUCCGUUCAUGCAACACCUGCCCAUGCAAAUGGCAUGUUUCUUCCAGACUUCCAGAGUCUCAUAACAUUAGCAUGUCAAAGAUCAUGAGUGGUGUAAGGAUAACUAUUUGCACACAGGUUUUUUGGGUCAUUAACUCAGGCGGGUCAACUGUGUUCUGCUACUCUAAUGUAAAGCCUUGACCGUUGGAAUAUCUUAGCAACCAUGAGCGAAGGAUGUGCACUAGAGCAGAACCGUCUCAUAUUGGAUUCAAAAUUAGUGUAUCAUACACUCCGGUGCCGUGAAGGACCGCAGGUCUUGAAAACUGAAGAGCUGCUUUUAUGACCUGAUCUGGCCUCCCUACAAACCCAGCAGAGAGUCCUUUAUCAUGAGUAGAGAGGGAUGUUGAUUUAAACUUGCCACACUCAUCAUAUUUGGAAAAUAGCUUUGACAUUUUCUGGAGAAGCUGCAGUGCAUCAAUUUCUUCUUGUCUAGCGAGUGAAAAAGCUGAGUGCGAGUGAAGGAUCCUGGGACUGCAGGGGAACCAAGGAGUUGAAUGAGGUGGCAAAGAAGAAAGAAAGUAGAAAGUGCAUGCAAUAAAAUGUACACCUUUUAAAAGUGAUGGCUUACUAAAAUGAGAUUGUACUAAAAUGUUAUCCAUGCUAUUAAAUAUUUGAGAUGUUAUUGCUCCUGAACCUCCAGGUAUAUUUAGAGCAUGGUAUUAGCAACACAAGUGUUACCAAGGAAACAAGAACAAAUCAAAUGUCUGUAAUUGAAGUAUAUGUGCCCAGUAAAGGGCCGUUGGAAUCUAAGCUUGAAACAUAAAUGAGAUGUAUUUGAUAAAUGGAA